AUGCGAUUGGUCAGCCUGCAGCAGCGCGUGCGGAGGGCGGCGGAGCCCGAGGCAGAACCCGCCCCCGCCCCUGCCCCACCUGCUCCACCUUCCCACCACAGCCACAACUUCCUGAACAUGAAGAACAAGUUCUUCAAUGAGCUCGGACACCUUCCAAACCACAAGAUCAAAUUGCCCAUGUGGGCGAUCGGGGCUAUCGUGGUGGUGGGCCUCGCCCUGGUCGGCUGCUUUGCCUUCUGCAUCUAUAAGAAGUGUCUAGGAGGGAAGAAAAAAGCAAAGAAAGUGCGCGAGAGGAAGGCUGGACGCCGGCGGAGGAAAAAGGAGGGCGAGGAAGAAGAGGGCACGGAGGAGGCUAAGCCAGAAGAGGGUGAGGAAAAAGAGCAGGAAUUCUUUGGCAAACUGGAAUACACUCUGGAUUAUAACUUCACAGACAAUCAACUCAUUGUCGGCAUUCUGCAAGCCCAAGACCUGCCUGCUAUGGAUAUAGGUGGCACCUCUGACCCCUAUGUCAAAGUGUACAUGCUCCCGGACAAGAAGAAGAAGUUUGAGACCAAAGUCCAGCGCAAGAACUUAUGUCCUGUUUUCAACGAAACAUUCAUAUUCAAGAUUCCUUUCAACGAUCUGGCCGGGCAGACUUUGGUAUUGCAGGUGUUUGACUUUGACCGCUUCGGUAAGCAUGACGUGAUUGGAGAGAUUAAAAUUCCCAUGAACAGCAUUGACCUCGGACAGCCUAUUCAUGAGUGGAAGGAUCUGGUGGGAGGAGAGAAGGAAGAGCAAGAAAAGCUGGGUGACAUCUGCAUCUCCCUGCGAUACGUCCCCACCUCUGGGAAGCUCACUGUCUGUGUGAUGGAGGCGAAAAACCUGAAGAAGAUGGACGUGGGUGGUUUAUCAGAUCCUUUCGUAAAGGUGGUUCUGCAGCACAACGGGAAACGCCUGAAAAAGAAGAAGACGACGGUUAAACAGAACACGCUGAACCCGUACUUCAAUGAAAGCUUCAGCUUUGAGAUCCCCUUUGCACAGAUACAGAAGAUCCAGGUGCUGAUCACAGUGUAUGACUACGAUAAGCUGGGCAGUAAUGAUGCUAUUGGGAAGUGCUGGAUUGGCUAUGGAGCCAGCGGAGUUGGCCUGCGCCACUGGUCAGACAUGCUGGCCAAUCCCAGACGCCCCGUGGCCCAGUGGCACACCCUGCAGCCGGAGGAGGAGGUGGAUGCAGCGCUGAAGGCUCCCAUCCGCUAAACGCACAGAACACUCACAUCCGCUCCA